AUAGAAGUUAGUCCUAGCAUCUUAAUUGGAAUGGAAAAAGCAUUAGAAAAUUCUGUAAUUAAAAUGCCUUAUCGACGAGUCAAUAUUAAAGUGUUUACCCUAAGUAAAGGUAUUUUGAGUUCAAAUAUUUCAAAUGCAAUAAUCGGUCAAAUCCCCAAAAGAAUUAUAAUCGGAUUAGUACGUAAUAAUGCAUUUAACGGACAGAUCGAUUUAAAUCCUUUCAAUUUUGAAAAUUUUGAUUUAAAUUAUAUUUCUGUUAUAAAGGAUUCAAUUUUAAUUCCUCCUAAUCCUUAUACUCCUGAUUUCGAUGAAAAAAAUGGGUGGAAUUCCCUANUCGAUUUAAAUCCUUUCAAUUUUGAAAAUUUUGAUUUAAAUUAUAUUUCUGUUAUAAAGGAUUCAAUUUUAAUUCCUCCUAAUCCUUAUACUCCUGAUUUCGAUGAAAAAAGUUAUGCUCAAAGUUAUGCAACAUUAUUCGAAGAGAUGGGUGGAAUUCCCUACGGAAAAUACGCUAAUAUAUCGUAUUCCGACUACGCGCAAGGAUACAUGUUUCACGUGUUUGAUUUAACUCCAGAUAAAGCAGCGUCUGAAAAUCAUACAUCGAUAUUAACACACGGAAACAUUUCUGUAGACUUAAAGUUCAAAAGACCUUUACCGGAGACGGUUAACGUCGUGUGCUUUUUAGAGUAUCAUAAUACAAUAGAAAUCGAUCAAUCUCAGAAUAUUUACAUCGAUUAUUAAACAAUGGAUACAAUUACCCUAUGGAAACCAGCAUUAGGAGAUGAUGAAAUUAGCAAGACAUUUGGAGGCGUCUAUCCAUCGGAUUUAUUACCCGAAAAAAUCGGAAAAAAGAAAGGAUUUAUAGUUAAUACCGAUAGCAGUCUAAAGCCGGGACAACAUUGGAUAGCGAUAUAUUUUCAAGAUUCGACGUGUUUUUACUUCGAUUCGUAUGGACUUCCUCCUAGAAUCCGAUCGAUUAUAAAAUUUAUUUGCCAGAAUUCGAAACAGUUAUGCUGGAACCAAUUGAGUUUGCAAGGACCGUAUAGUUUUACAUGCGGAUACUUUUGUCUAUAUUUUCUCUAUAAAAUAUCGAGAAAUCAAGAUAUGCGAAAAUUACAACCUAAUACUAAACUAUUCAAUGAUGCUUUUGUAAUGAGAUUUAUACACAAUAAUUUCCACUUGGCUAAAUUACCAUCUAAUAUAAAAAUUAAAUGUAAUCAAUGUAGCAUUAGUUUACUCAAAUAAAAAG